CCUCUCUCUCUCUCUCAAGUUGUGUUGCGUGCUGCUUUGCUUCUCAGGACACGUUGAAGCUUUUGUUCUUUGCUAGCUAGGGAAGGAGGAGGAACUGUGCCCCGAAAUGAAAAUUUCUCCCCCGCAGAAAUACUCUUUAACAUUCCAUAUCUAAGACUCUUCCAAAAGUAUUCCCAGAGUAACACUUGCUGUCUAGCAGAAAAGAAUUAGUACCUGCAUAUUAUGUGACCCUGAAAAAAAAAGAAAAAAACCAUCUUUCUUUCUGUCCUUCAUUAGUUUGGCUCUAAAACUUAAGUAAGGUUAAGAGGAUUGUGCGAUACAACCAACAAUAAUGGAGGGGGAGAAGAUGGAUACAGAGGGAAAGGUGGAGACAGAGAAGAUGAACAAGGCAAUUGCCAUGGCAUAUGAUGUCCAAUCUAAAAUAGUAGAGGAUCUAUUUGGGGAUCACCUCCAUUUGGGCUUCUAUGACUCUAGCUCCGUUAUCCCUGGUUCUGAUGUCAAUUCUGCUCAGACUCGCAUGAUCGAGGCGGCCCUCCGUUUUGCCUCUGUAUCAGAGGAUCCAUCUAAGAAACCAAGAAACAUACUUGAUGUUGGAUGCGGUAUUGGUGGCAGCACCAGGUACCUAGCAAGUAAAUAUGGUUCUCAAUGUAAAGGCAUCACCCUUAGCCCUGUUGAGGCUGAAAGAGCUCGUGUUCUAACUGCUGCCCAAGGAUUAGAAAGCCAGGUUUCCUUUGAAGUGGCAGAUGCAUUGAAUCAGCCAUUUGCAGAUGGGUCAUUCGAUUUAAUUUGGUGUAUUGAAUGUGCAGAUCACAUAAGCGACAAAACAAAGUUUGUUCAUGAGUUGAAUCGGGUGGCUGCCCCUGGUGCUACUAUCAUUUUACUCACUUGGUGUCAUAGGGAUCUUUCGCCCCUUGAAAACGAUUUGCAUCCAGAUGAGAAAAAGUUACUGACCCAAGCGGUGAGCAGAAAUCGUGCUAAGUGGAUUUCUGCUGCUGAUUAUAUGAAUUUAUUUAAGUCCUGCUCUUUUCAGGAGAUCAAGUAUGCAGACUGGUCUCCACACGUUGCUCCACAUUAUGCAGAAAUGAGGAAGAUAACGUUGUCAUGGAAGGGAAUCAUGUCGUAUGUUAGACAUGCUGGAUGGAGGCAAAUGGGCAUCAAGUUUCUGAUGAUGCCGUCAGUGUUCGACACAUUCAAAAAUGGUCUGCUUAAGUAUUGCAUUCUUACGUGCCAGAAGCCUCAGUAGUUCAGUUCCAGUGAUGUUUAAUGUCCAUGCAUAAAUAUCACUCCACAGUCGAUAGUUCCUUGUUUUUCUUUCUCAAAAGCUAAUUUGUACUUGUAUUGUUCCUCAAAACGUGAGAAUCUUUUU